AUGUUACUCGACUUUACAGAGGUAUUUAAACAAACCGGCCAACUAGCACAAUUCAGUCCUGGUACCACCUAUCUUUUGACGGCUGUUCGAGAUCAGCUCGUAGUUCGUCGCUGUGGCACAUUCCAGAUCGCACGAACAUGGGACGUUGAUACUUCUCCCUCCUCGACCAACUCGCUUGUGGCCCCAACUAAUGCCCGUUCUCGUACUUCUCGAGUAUUGCGAUCGAGCUCUACAACUCAAAACGAAGAGGCCACUCCUGACGGAUGGAUUACCCAUAUAGGCUGGUCUUGCGACUCUGAAUACGUACUUGCGUGUUGUUCCAAACGUGGGGUUGUGAAUGUAUACAGCAUGGUAGACCCACAAUGGAAUGCGCGUGUCGAAGCUGGAGCAGAAGGCUUAGCGCGUGCCGAAUGGGCUCCAGAUGGCCGAAGUAUUAUCUGUUUCUCGGAGUGGGGACUGCGGGUAACAGUAUGGUCACUCCUAAAUGGGACGGCAACUUAUAUUCAGUUCCCCAAGCAUAUGGAUCGCGGUUACACUUUCAGAAAGGAUGGUCGAUACUUUAUUUUGGCCGAGAGACACAAGUCAAGAGAUACCAUUGGCGUAUAUGAUGCCAGGGACGGGUAUAAAGUCACUCGGCACUUUCAAUCUCCUACCCAAUCACUAGCCGCUAUGGCACUGUCCCCAAAUGGAAGGCACCUGGCAGUCUGGGAGGGGCCACUCGAGUACAAGCUUUCGAUCCUAAACUUGGCUGGCACCGUUUUGAGGACAUUUACUCCCGAUCCUGAUCCUGGGCUUGGCAUACGAUCCGUUGCCUGGCAUCCAAGUGAUUCAUAUCCUCAGCAGCUUGAGCUGAAAGUUUGGAAGGAACCGGCGAACUGGCUAACAAAAGGGCCGGAGGGCUCUUUUUCUGAAUACGACAGAGGGGUUGGUAUCACAGCUCUUACCAUCACACGCCGAGAUGGCGCCAAAGGUCUUCCAAAAACAGGCGCGGCGCAGGUCGAAUGGAAUCUCACAGGGACCAUGCUCUUUGUCAGAUAUGAAUCCACUUCCACUGCAUUGCAUAUCUACAACUUCCCCGCCCCUGAUGAACCGUUUAAACCCUCGUUGAAAACGGUCUUGCUUCACGCAACUCCAAUAACCCGUGCAAGCUGGAAUCCUGUGAGGGCCGAGUCACUUGCAAUAUCGUGCUCUCGUCCCGCAGUGUACAUGUGGACUUCGAAUAACGAAUGGGUGAAUGACAACGUGGGAGAAAUAGAGGAUGAGGGUGCGGAAUGUAUUGGAGUGCCUGGUCAGGAAAUGGUGAUACGAGACGUUCGAUGGGCGCCAGAUGGUCGUGGUAUUCUUCUCGUAGAUACUAAUUCAUAUUGUUGCGCCUUCGAGGUGGAGGACGAGGACCAAGGCUCCUUCGUUGGUACUAUAAGUUUGCUGAUCCUCUUUUCUCGAGCUCUCGGACUCCCACCUUUUGCUUCAAGUGACGAACACACCAUCAAAGACCCCAAAACCCAGUUUACGCGCUCCCUGGUCGCAAUAUCAAACGCAAUGGGUAUUGACUCUACUCAACUACUUGCCAUGGGUGUGGGAGCCGCAGCUACUUGUGCAGCUCUGUAUUUCCUUGGCUCCAAAAAACGAGCACCUAUACUAGAUCCAAAAGAAUGGAAGGAGUUCCCGUUGAUUGAAAAAAUCGAGGUAUCGCCCAAUACUGCAAUCUAUCGGUUCGGGCUGCCUGACCCGAACGACAUACUGGGCCUUCCAAUCGGCCAACACAUCUCCGUUCAAGCCGAAAUUAACGGGAAGGACAUUAUGCGUAGCUAUACCCCCACUAGCAGUGAUGAUGACCGAGGACACUUUGACCUGCUGGUGAAGACUUACGAAAAAGGCAAUAUCUCGCGCUACCUCUCGCUCUUGAAGAUUGGGGACAAGGUUCGCAUUAAAGGGCCCAAGGGCCAAUUCAACUAUCACCCUUCUCUUUCGCGCGAGCUCGGUAUGAUUGCCGGUGGAACGGGUAUUACACCCAUGCUCCAGAUUAUCAGGGCUGCGUUGAAGAAUCCCUUGGAUUUAACAAAAAUUAGCCUCAUCUAUGCCAACGUUUCUAAGGAAGACAUCUUGUUGAAGACGGAGUUGGAUGACCUAGCGGCUCGUUAUCCCUCGCGUUUCUCUGUCUACUAUGUCUUGAACAACCCUCCUGAGGGUUGGGACGGUGGUAUCGGAUUCGUCACGAAGGAUAUGAUCGAGAAGCACAUGCCCCCCACUGAGUCAAAUAUUAAGAUUCUGCUCUGUGGUCCUCCACCAAUGUUGAACGCGAUGAAGAAGCAUCUCGAUGACCUUGGGUACCCCGCACCAAGGACUGUCAGCAAGCUGGUUGAUCAAGUGUUCCUCUUCUGA